UUUCAAGACAUUUUACAAAACAAACUGGACAUUUUCUGACCCAGAACAUGGUACAGAUUAAAAAUAGUCAUAUUUCAUCACAGAGGAAAAUAUUUAGAAUUUCUUUUUUUUUUUUUUUUUUUUUUGUCGUUUUACAAGUAAAGAAAAUUCAGAAGAUCACAACAGGCCAGCUGAACACAUUUUUUGAGUUUCUGAAGAGAUUUUGUUCUUUUCUAUAAAGUUAACGGAUUAGAUUUCCUGUCGCAGCUCCAGAUCUCCCUGAUGCAACUCACGUCUUCCUUCCACUCAAUUUUAUGUUCAUCUGCUUGGACACAGAACAAUCAGCUUCUUUGUAGCGAUGAGUUGAUUAGCACAUCUAGUAGCGCAUUCACAGAUUGACUAACAGCGCUAAGCCCCGCCUCCUGCCUCUGAUUGGUUGUUUUUGGUGCAUUUUUAUAAAACUUAAAUACUGCAGCUUUAAUUAUUGCACUUUUAUGAAUAUUUUGAAUUUGAUGAACAAAUCAUAACAUGAGUUCCAGUUCUAAUAAAAUCCAGAGUUACCUGGAAUUCCUCGUCCUGGAAGCACGGGGCGACUGUGGGAAGGACCGGCCAGCGACGCCUCGGACCGGCCGCCACUUCCUGUCACCAACUGGGUCCAUUAAACAGCAGAAACAGAACCGCAGCUGGUGAGGAGUAAAUCAUCUCAGGUCACCAUGGUAACCGUAGGUCAGGCCGUCUCCAUGCUGCGCCAGCUGCAGCCACCAGGUGGCGCAGCGGCAGCGUUUUCCCGCUGCUGACUCAAACAUGAAGACCGGGAGGAGGAGGGGCAUCAUGACGGCGGUGACGUCACCCAGGCCGUUUCUGUGAAGGGACGGGACCGUGGCUUCAUUCAGGAGCGGCGCGAGCGCAGAGACGAACCACGCGCAGCUUCACAGACGUGCAGCAGCUCAUGAGAACAAAUUCACCCAGACGACCUGCAGGAGAGAAACUUCCGCAGAAACAGGAACUUCUCUGGCUGUGAGAUGCUGACCACAUGCUGUGAAGGCUGACCUUACCCUGGCCUCUGGAGACGCCAACCCUGGGAUCGGCUUUCUUCCUACAGACUCCAUUCCUGAUUGGCCAGUUGUCUGAAGAGACCCUUGGAUUAGAUUGGCCACCAUGCUGAACGUCACAGGCGGGUCCUCGGGGAACCAGAGCUCAGUCAGCUGUGAGACGCCGUAUGGGGACGACCGGCUGCCGCUGCUGGUUCUCUACAUCGUCGUUCUGGUCGUCGGUCUUCCCGCCAACGUGCUGACUCUCUUCCUCACCUGGCAGCAGGUGAGCAGGAAGAACGUUCUUGGCGUCUACCUGUGGAGCCUGUCGUUGUGCGACCUGACCUACCUGUUCACGCUGCCGCUCUGGGCGGACUACGUCAACAACGGUCACGAAUGGCGGUGGAGCUCGACGGUCUGCAAGCUGACGGGCUACAUCUUCUUCACCAACAUGUACAUCAGCAUCUUCCUGCUGUGCUGCAUCUCCUGUGACCGGUACUGGGCGGUGGCCUACAGCCUGGAGUCCCGCGGUCAGCGGCGGCUGUGCCACGCCGUGGUCAUCACAGUGGUUAUCGUCCUGGUGGUGGCCGUGGGCCACAUCGCCGUCUUCACCAUGAGGGAGGGAAACGUCCAAGGCUUGAAGCGCUGCUUCGAGCCGAGCCAGAGGAGCGUCAAGGUGAUGGGCUUCAGCUACGCCCGCUUUGUGAUCGGCUUCCUGCUGCCGCUGCUGCUGCUGGCGGUCACCAACCGCCGCGUCCUAACCAACGUCCAGCGCAGCACGGGCCUCCACGGCGACCAGAAGCGGCGGGUCCAGCGGCUGGCGGUGGCAGUGGUGCUGCUGUUCCUGGUCUGCUUCGGGCCGUACCACCUGAUCCUGCUGGCCCGGGCCGUCAUCACCCAGUUCCCCCAGCUGGUGGGAACGCCCUGCCUGUUUGAGGAGACCAUGUACACGCCCUACACCAUCUCCCUCGGCCUGUCCACCAUCAACAGCGCCGUCAACCCCAUUCUCUACGUCCUGUCCAGCAACAACAUCCGCAAGGAGUGCCGCCGCGGACUCACGCAGAUCUGCGUGCUGGCGUGCCACGGACCGUCGACCAACAGCAGCCAGAUCAAAUCCUUGGAGCUGAAUGCCGGAACCGAUACCGAGAGACAUCCGGUUGGACCAGAAGAGACCUUAGAGAUCAGAUAGAAACGGUUCCUGACCGGACUGCUGAGUCCACAGGCAGGAUCUGGAGUCUAAAGGUUCACACCUAACUCCAGUCCAUUUAUCAAGAAAGUCCGGUUCGGUUGGUACCGGACUUCUGCUGUGAACUAAAUGACCUCGGUCUGGUUCUGUUUGAAUGUGAACUCCAUGGGAACCAGAGACAGUUCCAAAAACAGGAAGUGGACUACAGCGCAGGGCAUUCUGGGUAAAUCCAACCAAAGCUAACAUGCUAGCCUAGCGCUAGCAGCAGAAAUGUCUCCUGGUCUUCAGCCAAAGACUAAAGAGAUAAAAUCUGACGCCUCCAUCUUGUUUCCAUCUGGUGAAGAAGGAAGUUGCUCUUAGUGUCUUCAGAGGUUUUUGUGAGGUUUCCUUCAGUGGUUGUUGGUGCAGCGCCCCCACAGGCCAGGAGGGGAACAGGCUGGUUUGACUCAGAACCACAGCAGCUGCAGGUGGAGCAGAUGUUCUGGUUCCAGUAGAACCGGGUCGACCGGACCACCAGGAGGAUGAACAUUGUGACUCCUCUCUUCGCUUCAGGACUGAUGGAUGAAUUCUGGGACAAAACACGUUCUUAAAAACUGAAACUGAACUUCAGAUGUCUGCUUUUUACCCCAUGAUGUUUGUAACCUGAUUAAAUUUGGAUAAAAGCAGAA